AUGGAGGAUGGACCAGAAGGAGCGCAUCUCCGCUGGGCGGGGAUACAGAAACAGUUAGUUCCCGCAUUCGCACUGGCAGCUGGACCGCUGGGACUCCAGCGCGCUGGCACGCCCCCGCGCCGCGGCCUGGCGGUCCAGCGCUGCCUGCCGCCUGCUGGUUCAUUUCCUGGAGCCGCGCUGGCCUCCAGCCAAUGCCAGGCAGAGUGGAGGGCGGCGCACAAAUUGAGCUGCCACCAGCACUAUCAAUUAACUCUGACGGCGAUACGCACUCCCAGCCAGAAUUUGGUCCGCGGCGGGUUCCAGCCGCGCCUUCCGACUUCGCUGCCGCCCCCAGGGCAGCAGCAGCAGCCGUCGCCGCUACCACGCCGACAGCCCGUCCCGUUGAUGCCUCCCGCGCAGCUUCAUCCGGGAGCGCCCCAGGUGGUCGCUCCGGCGCCUGCGGUCCCUCUUCAGUCGCCACCGCCUUCGGAGCUGAUGGACGUCGACCCCUCAGCCGGGCCGCCUUCCCAAGCGGUGGCUGUGCAGCCUGUCCUGCGGCCGCUUUCCUUGGGCACCCCCAAGGAGUCUGACACCGCAGCGCCUUGUCCGGCGCCCACUCAGCGACCGUCGACGCAGCGUCAGGAGACGCUGCCUCUCUUCGUGGGUCCCGACGUCCCGUCGCGUCCAGUACCAGAAGCUGCGCCCGUGGUCACAGAUUUGGUCCGCGGCGGGUUCCAGCCGCGCCUUCCGACUUCGCUGCCGCCCCCAGGGCAGCAGCAGCAGCCGUCGCCGCUACCACGCCGACAGCCCGUCCCGUUGAUGCCUCCCGCGCAGCUUCAUCCGGGAGCGCCCCAGGUGGUCGCUCCGGCGCCUGCGGUCCCUCUUCAGUCGCCACCGCCUUCGGAGCUGAUGGACGUCGACCCCUCAGCCGGGCCGCCUUCCCAAGCGGUGGCUGUGCAGCCUGUCCUGCGGCCGCUUUCCUUGGGCACCCCCAAGGAGUCUGACACCGCAGCGCCUUGUCCGGCGCCCACUCAGCGACCGUCGACGCAGCGUCAGGAGACGCUGCCUCUCUUCGUGGGUCCCGACGCCCCGUCGCGUCCAGUACCAGAAGCUGCGCCCGUGGUCACAGGCGCGGACGAAUCUGCGGGGGCGGACGGUCGGCCGGCGAUGAGCUGCCAGCGUGCUGUCCGGCCGUCGCCGGCGCCUUCCGUUAAUUUCCUGCGGGGAGCGGCCGCCGGGGCCGACAACGGCUGCAGCCAGCCAGCGGACGGCUGGCAGCCAGCAGACACUCACAGAGACAGACAGCACCACCCAGUACCUGUUAGACGCCCUUUGAGUCUUUCUUUACUCCCGUGCCGCCAGGCUGGCGCCUCGGCUGCAGCUGCCCGUAACUGUGCAGGAGACCCGCCUCUACGGCACGUGUGCGACCCUCUCCAGAACAGCCGGCCAAGUUUCGUUAUCACGCCGCGCCAGCGAGGGCGAAGCGCUCCCGACGAGAUCCCCGCUAAGCGGCGUAAAACCUUUUCGAGGAACUUGGCGAAGUUUCGCAGCGGCGCCGGAGAGAGCGGAGUUAGGCACACAGAGGAGACGUCGGCCACGGUCGCUGCUGGCAACGCAGACGAGAGAGAGCCAUGUUUAUGGAUCGGCUCGCCCGCGGCUCUGGCGCUGGUGCCGCCUGCGGCUGGCGUUCAUCACGUGACGCGGGAUUGCCGGCACUUCGGAGCUGAGACUCUGGAGCAACUGCGCCACCUCGCGGCUGAUUGGCAGGAAGGGGCGGACAAGCUGCCGCAGCUGACGGCUCCAGGCUCCAGCAAGCUCCAGCUGCUACUUCUGGGGGCGCGCGCAUCCACGCAGCUUCCGAGCGGCUACGCAAGCGGCGGGCCCUUCUGCGCUGUAGCGUCCGACGUCUGUGGCAGCCUCGGCCAGUUCGCCCCCAGUCGCUCGCUCACGGCUGGUCGGGCGCUCGGCGCGGCCGCCCCCGUGUGCGGCCAGUGGUCCCGCGCCUCUACUUGCUCCGUCACGCCGCGGCUAUAUUUACCGGCGUGGCGGAGGCUGGCGCCUCUGGACACGGGGUCGCCGCCUCCGCGGCACCUGUCGCUGCGCGUCUCGGCAUCGGCAGACGCGCCACCGCUGCCGACGAGCGCCACGUCCUCUCCCUGUCACAGCCAGGGCACGGCGCGCGCACCGGAUCUAGCGCUACGUUCCCUACGGACGCACACACGUCAGCCCGCCACGCUUUCGUUGAAGCUUUAG